CAAUCAUAUCAUAUACUCCAAUCUUUCUUGUUCUACUCAUAAUUUUCUUGUAGCAAAAUGGCACAAAAUUCUCCUAAUGGAGAAAUUCAAUCAUCAAAUUUACCAAAUUUUCUUCUCUCUGUUAGACUCAAAUAUGUUAAACUUGGUUACCAUUACUUAAUCUCAAAUGCAAUUUAUCUCGUAAUUGUUCCAAUUCUUGUUGCUGUGGGACUUCAUCUUUCAACUCUUACACUUGAAGACCUCAUGACAAAUCUUGCCAUGUUGAAAUCUUAUUCAACUCUUGUUGUAUUUUUGGGCACGGUAUACUUCAUGAGUCGUCCGAGAAACGUUUACUUAGUCGAUUUCUCGUGUUACAAGCCACACGAACGUUACAUGAUAUCGAAAGAACGUUUAGUAGAGAAACUGACAGAUAUUUUUGAUGAAAGUAGUUUGAACUUUCAAAAGAAAAUCUUGUACAACUCAGGUUUAAGUGACAAGACAUAUAUUCCAGUCGAUAAAUGGAUCCCUUCAAAUUUUUCCCUUAGUAGUAACCAACAUCAAGCGAAAUUGGUUAUUAUUGGUGCCAUUGAUGGUUUAUUGGCGAAAACCGGAGUAAAAAUUCGAGAUAUUGGAUUUAUUAUUGUGAAUUCUAGUAUGUUUAAUCCAACACCUUCUCUUUCUGCCAUGGUUGUGAACCAUUAUAAGCUUGGUGUCAAUGUGAUCACUUACAAUCUUGGAGGCAUGGGCUGCAGUGCUGGGCUUAUUUCUGUGGAUUUGGCCAACAGACUUUUACAGGGGCAAGCCAACAGCUAUGCACUUAUAGUAAGCACAGAAAUAGUCUCAUCGGCCUUCUAUACUGGGAAUGAUAAAUCAAAGCUAAUACCAAACAUGAUUUUCCGGAUGGGUGCAUCCGCUGUUCUCCUAUCGAACCGUUUCUCCAACCGAAGGCGGUCGAAAUAUCAACUGAUGCAUGUCGUCCGAACCCAUAAAGGCGCAGACGACAGAGCAUUCAGUUGCGUGUUUCAAGAUGAGGAAGAGGAUGGGAAAAAAGGCAUGUCAUUGUCAAAGGACCUAAUGGCAGUAGCUGGUGAGGCCUUAAAGACCAACAUCACAACUUUAGGCCCACUAGUCUUGCCAAUGUCCGAGCAGCUCCUCUUUUUCGUCUCGUUAAUUGCUAGGAACGUGUUUAAGCGGAAAAUCAAACCGUACAUUCCAGAUUUCAAGAUGGCAUUCGAGCAUUUCUGCAUUCAUGCAGGGGGGAGAGCUGUGUUGGAUGAGCUUCAGAAGAAUCUUGAUCUCUCAGAAGCACUUAUGGAACCUUCUAGAAUGACUCUCUACAGGUUUGGGAACACUUCAAGUAGCUCAGUGUGGUACAAUUUGGCCUAUUCAGAGGCUAAAGGGAGGAUUAAGAAGGGCGAUAGAGCGUGGCAAAUAGGAUUUGGAUCAGGAUUCAAAUGUAAUAGUGCUGUUUGGCGCGCCCUCAGGACAGUCAAUCCAGCCAAAGAAAAGAACGCGUGGACAGAUGAGAUUGAUGAUUUUCCCGCUCAAGUCUCACGUUGAUGCUUCAUACUGAAAAAUGUACAACACCUACAAAAAUCACUCUAGUACAUUAAAUUGUGCAAACAAAUGUUUGUACAAUUAAUGUAUCUACAAGUACAAGCCAAAUGAGGCAAUCAGUAGGUAGUUCAAAUUUCAAUUUCACUACAAACUUUGAAUCAGAUUGGUGACUUGAAUUUCAAUCUUUUUAUUUCAAUGUUGAAUUAGCUUAUUCAUGCUCUUUAUUUGUUGAAGGAAAAUACCCUGUUCUUGAA